GUAAGCUGAAAUGAGAGUCUGAGCCGCAAGAACAGGUGAAUGAUUACUGAAUUACUGUAGGACUACUGUUAAUGCCGUCGUCUAAAUAUAUCCGUUAUCUUGGUUCCAUAAUAAACAAAUAGUGGAUGUUUUGACGCGAGCGGUCCAAUUAACUUUAAUGGGAGCGCAAAUAAAAAUCGGAGAUACGCGACUAAAAGAGGUCGACAACUCGCCAAAAGCCUGGAAUUAGCAGCAGGGUUGAACUGAGAUUGGCACCAUGUUGUCGGGUGAGGAGAUUCUGUGCAGCACGCGGCAAGUGAUAGCGGGCCUGGAGGCGCUUCGUGGCGAGAACCACACCCUCCUGGACGACCUGCAGAAGGCGCUGGAGGGCCGGCCGGUGGCCGACAGUGGCAGUGUGGAGCAGGAGAAGAGUGGCAUCAUCCGCCAGUCUCUGGAGAGGAUAGAGCUGGGCCUGGGAGAGGCACAGGUGAUGAUGGCUCUGUCGGCCCACCUGGGCUCCCUGGAAGCAGAGAAGCAGAAGCUGCGGACCCAGGUACGGAGGCUGUGCCAGGAGAACCAGUGGCUGAGGGAUGAGCUGGCCGGGGCCCAGCAGAGGCUGCAGGACAGGGAGCAGGAGGUGGUCACCCUGGAGGAACAGAACAGACACCUGCAGUUCAUGAGCAGCAUCCGCAAGUACGACCAGGAGGAGCUCCCACCGGAAGACAAAGAGAUGGGCUCCACCAAGGAGUCCCUAGAUGAUCUUUUUCCCACGGACGAGGAGGAACAGUCACAGAUAUCUCAGCCCCACGGUAGCAGUGCGGCAGCAGCGGCCCAGCAGGGAGGCUAUGAGAUCCCGGCCCGCCUGAGGACCCUUCAUAACCUGGUGAUCCAGUACGCCUCCCAGGGCCGCUAUGAGGUGGCCGUGCCCCUCUGCAAACAGGCCCUGGAGGACCUGGAGAAGUCCUCGGGCCACAGCCACCCUGACGUGGCCACCAUGCUCAACAUACUGGCCCUGGUCUACAGAGACCAGAACAAGUACAAAGAGGCGGCGAACCUCCUGAAUGACGCAUUGGCCAUCCGGGAGAAGACCCUGGGCAUAGAUCAUCCUGCGGUGGCAGCCACACUCAACAAUCUUGCUGUACUGUAUGGAAAGAGAGGGAAGUACAAGGAGGCUGAGCCACUGUGUAAGAGAGCCCUGGAGAUCAGAGAGAAGGUGUUAGGCACGAACCACCCUGACGUGGCAAAGCAGCUGAACAACCUGGCGCUGCUGUGUCAGAACCAGGGCAAGUACCAGGAAGUGGAGCAGUACUACGAGCGUGCCCUGCACAUCUACCAGAGCAGGCUGGGCCCCGACGACACCAACGUGGCCAAGACCAAGAAUAACCUGGCUUCAUGUUACCUGAAACAAGGAAAGUACAGACAAGCUGAGGCUCUGUAUAAAGAGAUCCUGACCCUGGCCCAUGAAAAAGAGUUUGGAUCUGUGGAUGGUGAGGUGCGGGAUAUCUGCACCCACACGGGAGAGGAGGGCUCCAUGCAGGAUGGGCUGGGCAGUCUGAAGCGCAGCGGCUCGUUCACCAAGCUCCGCGAGUCGAUACGCAGGAGCAGCGAGAAGCUGGUCAGGAAGCUGAAAGGAGUCGGAACUCAGGAUACCACCCCUCCGACUCCUGGGAUGAAAAGGGCUAAUUCUCUGAAUGUGCUGAACGUGGGUGCGAGGGAGCGUCAAGAAGCGGCAAGGGGCACCAGCGACCUAACAGAGAACCGAACCCUGAGCUCCAGCACCCAGAGCCUUGCACGGCGAGGGUCCCUCAGCUACACCUCUGAACACUAGCCCCCCUCCCAACAUCCAGGAAGUACUCUCAUACAGCUCUGGCCCCUACUCCACUCUCCGUCUGUGGAUUGGCCUCUUGCGCCUACAUGGGUUACUCCACCCCUUCCCUGUUUAAAUCGAACACUGAUCAGUUAUCAGUUGAGGUUUGUUUACUGCAUUAUGUUGUAGCGGGUGGAGGCCCCUGGUAGAUUAGAAUACACACAGCAAUGAGGACUGGUUUUGAGUGAUGCAGAUUGUAUCCAUUUCAGACCAGUUUAAUCUGGAAAUGAAAUGACAAUCCAUUUAGCUUUUUUAUAAUGAUUUAGUAAUGCUCUGUUGUGACUUACUGUACAAGGAGGGAAAUGCUUGUAUUCUUCAAUGAUUGUUCACAAUUAUGAACAUGUUGAUAUUUCUAUUAAGGUAGCGUCUGAAGCUAUUGGAUAUUAUCUAAAUGACUGUAGCUAUGCAAGAAAACAAAUCUUAUUUAUACAAUGUGUUUUUUAAAAUGUGUUACAUUCUGAUUUUAUCUUCUUGUGUUCAUGUUUACCAGCGGUUCUCGUGUUUUUGGCACUAGAUGAUUUUAAUUCCAAAACGCUGAUCUGCACAAGCACAAUUAAAACAAAGAUUUACUAAUAUAUCUAGUGAAUGUGAUGCACAAUCCGUAUUAGGUUACGGUAAAGGACUCUUCUUAGUCCACAAUAUUAGAGCAAAAUCUUUACUUCCCAGUCCAGCUGUAGAAUGCUAUGUAAUUAUUGUCUAAGGCUUGGCAUUCUGUGAAAUAUGUUUGAACUAUGUUUUGCCGAUUUCAUUAUGAGCAGAUAUAAAAAGCAUAAGGGGCUCCCAAGUGGCACAGUCUAAGGCGCUGCAUCUCAGUGCUAGAGGUGUCACUACAGACCCUGGUUCGAUUCCAGGCUGUAUCACAACCAGCCGUGAUUGGGAGUCCCAUAGGGCGUCGUUAGGGUUUGUCAAUAAGAAUUUGUUCUUAACUGACUUGCCUAGUUAAAUAAAAUAAAACUAUUUUGAUGGCCCAAAAGUUAAAGCAUGUGCCUGUAUUUUUAAAUUUGUCUCAGUUUGGGAUACAUUUACAUUUUUUGGGGUAGCUAGCUCUAAUUUAAAUUCCUUCUGGAACAUGUUAAAAAUUAUUUGAUUUUGUUGAUGUAGCCUAUGCAUCUUAUUCAGGAUGUUAGCAAGUCAAGAGUAAAUAUAUGCAAUUUGAGGGACAAAAAGUGAUUUAAUUAACUGUGGCGGUAUUGCCACGUGAUCAUUGAGAGCUGUAGAGGAGUCACUAAUGUAGAAAACCUAGAUUGUUAACCCCCAUUAAGAUGGAUUGAAGGCGUUAAAUGCAGAUUGCGACAAGGUUCGAAUCCCAAUGAGUCUUGCUUUCCAACCUUAACCAAUCACAUUUCUCAUUUGACCUUCUAAAUGACUAAUUGACUGAACAUCUUUAUAAAUGUGGGAAACGUGUGGCACCCUGCCUCAUGCUGCUGCAGUGGACUAGGAACUGGGAUAGGGACCAGAAGGUCACAAUCCGAUUAGGACACAGAAUGCAUGUUAGUACCGGGGAUAUAAACUGACAAAGCACAAUAAGGGCUCUAUUCAAUCUGUAUCAAGCGUUUCAGAUUGCGCAAUAGAAAUGAAGGUAAUUUCCAAUUGAGCCGACAUAUGCAGUGUUUACCAUGAAUGCAGUCUUCGCCAACACGGGAACAUUGCCUUUAAAUUUGAAUCACGCUGAAACACUGAACUUCAGUGGUCCAGAUUAAAUAGAAUCCUACUUAUUUAUGUUAUGGAGAGCUUUCUUUGCAGAUUGUCAAUGUUAUUGAAAAUGACAAAUGUAUUUUAUAUCUGGAAACCAUAGCAGACAAAUGUCAAAUAAAGUAUAUUGAGUCUCUUCAA